UAUAUAAACCCCACCCGUCCUACUCCUACACAAGUUAAAACCUAAAAAGCCCUUUAAAAAUCUACAGUGUUCAACCAUGGAAGAAGUAAUCGACAUUGUGGUUGAUUUCGAAGACUACUUCCCUUCAAUGAUGUUAAAAUACGGUGCGGAAUGGUUGUUGGGAGAAGUAUGCAAUGGGUUCAGGCUAUUGAUGGAUGCGGAAAAAGGGGUGAUAACGUUCGAGAGCUUGAAGAUAAAGAGCGCGAUGUUAGGGUUGGGAGAUAUGGAAGAUGAUGAAAUUGUUUGCAUGUUGAGUGAAGGAGAUUUGGAUGGAGAUGGUGCUUUGAACCAGCUCGAGUUUUGUAUUCUCAUGUUUAGGUUAAGUCCUGGACUGGUUUAAUGAGAGACAGAAGAAGCAUGCGACAACGUUAAUAAAAAAAAAAAUAUUCAAGUUUCCUCCAUCUUCAUUCCUCUUCUUUCCUUGUAUGAUAUUCCCAACUUUCUCAAUUCUAACAUUAAUGUAGUUCAUCUUUAUCA